CUCUCAGCGCAGAGCGUCGCCAGACGUUACCUCCCCUCUUCCUGCUUGUACCGCUUCCCUGAAUAACGAAGUUGUUGUUUUCGAAACCAAUUUCAUAUUUUAUAUUUACCACUACAUAUAGUGGGUUAUUUUUGCCGCGUCUGUUCUUUUGUGAUUCCUUUAUAUCUUUUUUUAAAUAUAAUUUUACUUUGACGUUUUGUAUUCGUUGUUAUGGAAACGGACUUGUAUACAAGACGUCCGCUUGUUUGGCUGAAUCCAGCAAGCAGGAGACUUUAGUUCACGUUAAAGUAUCGUUUUCCUUUCAUUCGUCUCCACCUUUAACUAUCAAGGGUCGCAGCCAUGGCCCAUUACAGGGCAUCAGAAUCAAAACGUGAACAAUUCAGAAGGUACCUCGAAAAAUCUGGGGUACUUGAUGGCCUGACCAAUGUGUUGGUGACACUUUAUGAGGAGCCUGACAAACCUAACAAUGCCUUGGACUUCAUAAAGCAGAACCUGGGGCCACCGGUUGAGGAGCCAGCUGACGUGGGGAGCCUGCGAGAGGAGAUGGCUGAGCUCGAGCAGAAAUACGAACUGCUGCUCCAGGAGAACAAGGAACUCAGACAGAAGCUUUUGCAGUAUGAACCGAAUCCUGAGGAAGGAGCCUCUGAAUAAAGAAGAUUCACAGUUAUUAAUAACACUUGUAUAGCAGCUUUGUGAUUUGUUAUUUAUAAUUCACCGUUUUCCCUCGAGGGUGGAAGAGCCUUGUAAAGUAAAACCUCUGUGGAUUUUGGGAGAGAGACCAAAAUAAAAAAGAUGGUGGUUAAUAAUCAAAA